CCAUCACAUACACCAUCAUUGUAAGUAGCAUUCUCAAGUGUGUUUGGCUUCUCCGAACAAAAAAAAAAAAAAAAAAAGUAAGAACCGCGUUAAGCUACCUGACUUGCUGCUGCACUCACAGGUCGAAUGGCCUUCCAGGGAAUCAGACAAGUGGAGAACUAUUUCGCGCCUCUUCUACAUCGAUUCAAAAACCGAUCCGAAUGGAACCAAAUCCACGCCUCCAUCAUCACACACGGCCUGUCACAGAGCAGCUUUCUAGUCACCAAAAUGGUUGAUCUCUGCGACAAGACCGGAGACACGGACCACGCCACUCGUCUUUUCGACAACGUCUCCAACCCUAACGUCUUCUUGUACAACUCCAUCAUCCGAACUUACACACACAACUCCUUGCACCACCAUGCGGUCCGAAUCUACAAGCAGAUGCUCACUAACAGCCUCGAGUUUCCGGAUCGGUUCACUUUCCCUUUCGUGUUCAAAUCUUGCGCGAGCCUCGGGUCGUGUUACUUAGGCAAGCAGGUCCACGGUCACCUCUGCAAAUUAGGGCCUAAGUGCCACGUCGUCACGGAGAACGCUCUCGUCGAUAUGUACAUGAAGUUCGAUGGUUUCGACGAGGACGCGCGUAAGGUGUUCGAUGAAAUGUCUGAGAGAGAUGUUAUAUCGUGGAACAGUCUGAUUUCUGGACACGCGCGGCUUGGGAAGAUGAAGAAGGCGAGGGGAUUGUUUGAUUCCAUGCCGGAGAAGAAGACGAUCGUGUCUUGGACUGCGAUGAUCUCCGGGUACACGGGGGCUGGGUGUUAUGGGGAGGCUAUGGAGUUCUUCCGCGGGAUGCAGUUGGCUGGUGUUGACCCUGACGAGAUCAGUCUCGUCUCUGUUCUGCCUUCUUGUGCUCAUCUCGGGUCUCUAGAGCUCGGGAAGUGGAUCCAUAUCUACGCGGAGAGGAAGGGGUUUCUGAGACAGACUGGUGUUUGCAACGCUCUUAUUGAGAUGUACUCGAAGUGCGGUAGGAUUAGCCAAGCUAUCCAGUUGUUUGAUCAGAUGAAGGGGAAAGAUGUUAUAUCGUGGAGUACGAUGAUCUCAGGGUAUGCACAUCACGGGGACGCCGAGGGAGCAAUGGAAACAUUCGAUGAAAUGCGGAGAGCGAUGGUGAGGCCUAACGGGAUCACGUUUCUUGGUCUGUUAUCAGCUUGUUCACAUGUUGGGUUGUGGCAACAAGGUUUGAAGUAUUUUGAUAUGAUGAAGGAAGAUUAUCAGAUCGAGCCUAAGAUCGAACACUAUGGUUGUCUGAUCGAUGUUUUGGCAAGAGCAGGGGAACUGGAACGAGCUGUUGAAGUAACAAAGACAAUGCCGAUGGAACCUGACUCGAAGAUUUGGGGGUCGUUGUUGAGCUCUUGUAGAACACGAAGCAAUCUCGAUGUUGCUUUGCUCGCAAUGGACCAUCUUGUUGAGCUAGAGCCUGAGGAUAUGGGGAACUAUGUUCUGCUUUCCAAUAUUUAUGCAGAUUUGGGGAUGUGGGAGGAGGUUUCGAGAUUGAGGAAGGUGAUAAGGAACGGGAAUAUGAAGAGAACGCCAGGUUGUAGCUUGAUAGAAGUAGACAAUGUUGUUCAGGAGUUUGUUGCGGGAGAUGAUCGCAAGCCUUUCUGGACUGAGAUCUGUUCAGUGUUGCAGCUGUUCUGUGUACAUCAGGAUCAGGAUGUGAUUAAAAACAAUAGUACUCUUGCAUCUAUAGGAAUGGUGAUUUAGAUUACAACAAACAAAUUUUAUUACGAGUAUUUUAUUACAGAUCGACCAAAAA